GUCCUGUUGCCCUCUGUCAUGGCUCCCACCCUCAGGAUCGCUAUGAUCCAGCUCUACGUCAAGGUGAUCACUGGGCCUAUUGUGUUCCCAUACUCACCGGCCAAUCGGUCGGCCACCAGCCUCUUCGUCCUACGGAAAUCUUUGUAUGAGUUGUCAAAUUCAUUCGUAACGCCGCCGCUUAAAGGGUGUGACUUGGCAGUGCUAGCGGUACUCCAUUUGACAAACUAGAUCCCUGAUGACCCUAGAUUUGCCUCCCCCCCCCCCCCC